GCUGUCUGCUUUCAGAAACAUAAAAGCAUGCGCUACCGGAAGGGUCUAGUCGAUAUGUGCAGCUUCAAAACCAGCACGUUAUUUUAGACCGUUUUAAACCUUUUUCAUAAGUCACUUCUAUCAUCUAAGUUAAUUGCAUUUCAGCACUGGUUCAAUAUUGCAAAAAUCAUUUUGUAGCUAAUGUCCCUAGUACUGUAGUUAUAAUGCGUUGUUUUCGUCUCACUCACUUCCCAGUGACAAGGUUAGUGGCAAAGUUAGCUGGCUAGCUAGCUAGUUCGCUACAUAGCUAGGUUACUAGCUAACGUUAGGAAACCAUUAUCAUGUCAACCAUAAAGUAUUGUAUGUUAAGUAACAAUAUAGUUGCCCGUUUAUUCCCCAAAAGGACCUAUUCAUGGUUUGUAGAGUUGCAGCACCAGCAGUAUUAUCGCGCAGAGAACUGGCUGAAGUUACCAACAAGUUAUAAAUGCCAUAAGAGAUCACAUCAUGUCAAUCAAUCGUCAUGUCAGCAUAUCUCACAAUAUGGCCGUCAACGUCACAGAGCUACAACAGUGUCAUGGCAGACAUCUAUCCCCUUACAACACAGAGGCUUUUCACUGUCAGCGUACCAGCUGAAGAUUAGGGAGGACAACCAUACGCCGGGACAUGAAAGCCUGGGCGGGGAGGAGGAGGAUUAUAUAGAUGAUGGAGAGAUAGAUGAUCUGUUUCAACACCAGAUCCCGAUGGUCGGCGAGGGAGACCACCGCAUCUUCAUCGUCCAUCCUGAUGUGAAAUGGGGAAGCAGGAAGCAGUACCUGACCACAGGUGAGUGGAAACUCAGGCGCUGGCCUUUUGACCAUGUCAGGCAGUUAUGUCAUUAAUAGUGCGUUCCAAAUGGCACCCUAUUCCCUAUUUAGUACUCUACUUUUGACCAGAGUCCUCCUAUCAACUGUAGAACACUAUACAGGGAAUAGGGUGUCAUUUGGGACGGAGCAGUUCUUUCCUCAUGUCAUGUGUCUCUCUCUCUCUCACAGCUAAUCUGAUGAUGGCGGAGGCAGUGGGUUUGGUCAACACUCUACAGAACUGGAGUGUCAUUGACACGAUCAUCCUCUCCACCAAGACACCAGAGAAGAAGAUGAUCUUUGGCAAAGGCAACUUCCAGACUCUCACAGGUCUGCAGGUCUCACCCAGCCUGUUUUAACCCCAUAACCGUAACUUACCCUGCCUUAACCCUCGCCCUAAUUCUGUAUUAUGAAGUCUGUUCUCUCUCCCUGACGCAAUUUGACAGGCAAUGCUUGGUAAUAUGCGAUGUAAUGUGAGUCACUAUUUAGCAUUACUGUAUUGAGUCCAGAAUCCUGUUGUGAUUUUUUUUCUCUUAGAGAGAAUCAGAAGAACUCCGGGAGUAACUGCUGUGUUUGUCAACGUGGAGCGUCUGUCCCCUGCCUCAGAGGUGAGAGUGGGAGACGAGAGCUUUACCAAUGCACUAUAGUGUAGAUUGAGUCUUUAUUGUCCCAUUGACCUGUCACAAUAUGACAUUUGGCUGCAUAGACUUGACUCUGAUAGUAUAUUUUCCUUUCAGAAAGAGUUUGAGGAGGCGUGGGGGGUGAAGGUGUUUGACAGAUACUCUGUGGUUCUCCAUAUCUUCCGCUGUAACGCCAGAACCAAGGAGGCCAAGCUACAGAUAUCCCUGGCUGAGAUUCCACUACUCAGGUAGCAUCCUAGUAUUUACCUGGGGAUCACCCAAGUAUUCAUACUAGUGUAUUACAAUGUAUAAAGUCAGAGAGGUAGAGGCUCAUCAGUCAAGCAGAUUUUGUAUGGAGGUCAACGAAUAUCGAAUUUGGUUAACAGCAAUUGGAAUGGCUUAUUUGCUACGUGAGGUUUAUUUGAUCUUAUAGAAGUUUGGUAAUGAUUAAGUUCUUACUAGUGUACUGAUAUAAGUAGGAAACGUGACAUCCUGGUAGGGCUGUCCCUGGCCCCAAAAAAUAUUGGUCGACCGAAAGUCGUCUGUUCUUCGACCAAUCGAUUGCUCGACAUUUUUAAACGUGUAUUUUUCCAUAUAUAGACACACUAUAUGUGUUUUAAUAUGAUCAACUAGAGCGUCUGCUAAAUGACUAAAAAUGUAAAUGCAUUGAGCUUGUCUGACGCUUUAAGCUUACGGUUUGAUGCCUCAAGAGGGCGCCAGAGAUCUAGAAAACCAGAAGAAGAAAAAAACGUAACCUGACCCAACUAUUCUCUUCCCGCUGCUGCUGGCUUUCUCAGAUUCUGCCGUUACGCUCCUGAAGUUGCCGGUAAUAGGCUACACGAGGAGUCAACAACCUUUCUCAUGUGGAAUGCCAAUUUAGCUUACCAUUUCUACCGAUCUGCACAUUUUUGUGGAACAGUUUCAUUUAAUUUGUAAUAACGUCUUCAUAUCUCAAAAUCAUUGUCAUGUGGUUAAUCAAAAUUAUAUCAAAAUCUAAAUGAAAAUUAUACAAUCCUAAAAAGUCACUUCUAUUGCCAUUGCCAACUAUGUAAAAAUAGCCUCCACAAAGCCAACAAAUAAAAACAUUGCAGCCUGCCUGCGAUGUGGCCUGUCUGCAAUGAACUUGAAACAUUGUAUCAACUAUUAAGUUGGGUCCAGCCCCAAAGCUUGCCCUAGCGAGCCAUGCUCUACCCGUGUAGCUCAGUUGGUAGAGCAUGGCGCUUGCAAUGCCAGGGUUGUGGGUUUGUUUCCCACGGGGGGCCAGUAUGAAAAAAUUUAUGCACUCACUAACUGUAAGUCGCUCUGGAUAAGAGAGUCUGCUAAAUGACUAAAAAUGUAAAUGUAUUCUGGGCCCUCAGUUUCCUGCGUCAGUGACCUCGGGACAGACACAGCUGUAGGCUGCUUGCACAAGGGAUAAGACGCAGUGGUUGACUUGGGCAGGAGCUCAUCGGAGCUGAGUAUCGGCACCUCAAAUGUUCUACUGCUUGAGCUCCUGUUCCUCUUAUAGAAUAUUAGCUCAAAAGUACUGUGGAGCUCCUGCACCUAAAUAUAAACAGAACCAGCACCCAAAAUGAGUACCGGAACCUAUUUCAGUCCAAGUCAAGCACUGGUAAGAAGUAAUCAGCUAGGCCUAUUUUAUGACGUUUCCACUGGAUCAGAGCAUGACAUUUUUCCCUUUCACGCUGAGUGGUUAUCCAAAGGGAGAGAGCUGGAAAGAUUUUUCUAAUACAUUGAGGAACUAUUGUCAUUCUCAAUGGAUGUAAAAACAUACUUUGUUUGCUUGAGGUUUACUUGCUGUUUAAGGCGAAGAAAACAUGACUUUGAGAAGCUCCACAGCUCAUUAGUGGUGGUGCGUUAAGCCAAUCAGAAAUACUAUCAGAUCCCCAAAUGGGAACAUUUAUAGGCCUACAUUUAUCCGCAGGCCAAGUAGCCUAGUUCUUUGCGUAAUCAGGUGCGCGUCCUUACUCAUCAUUGACAAAAGACAAUGACUAAAUUGACAAAACUCAUAAAUGAAAUAAACCAAAACUUGUUUCUCACAAGUGUAGGAUAGGUUGUGGCUCUGCAAACAACGUGUCCACUCCUACAAUGAGAACGGUAAAAGACUGGAAUAAUAAUAUAUUGAAUGCAUCAACAGAAAUGACCGUAAACCAAACAAACAUUGCAGAUUAUAAAUUAUAGGAAUUAACGGUAAAUGUACUACUGGUGAUAUACAGUGAGGGGAAAAAAGUAUUUGAUCCCCUGCUGAUUUUGUACGUUUGCCCACUGACAAAGAAAUGAUCAGUCUAUAAUUUUAAUGGUAGGUUUAUUUGAACAGUGAGAGACAGAAUAACAACAAAAUAAUCUGGUUAUAAAAAUCAAAAAUGUUAUAAAUUGAUUUGCAUUCUAAUGAGGGAAAUAAGUAUUUGACCCCCUCUCAAUCAGAAAGAUUUCUGGCUCCCAGGUGUCUUUUAUACAGGUAACGAGCUGAGAUUAGGAGCACACUCUUAAAGGGAGUGCUCCUAAUCUCAUCUUGUUACCUGUAUAAAAGACACCUUUCCACAGAAGCAAUCAAUCAAUCAGAUUCCAAACUCUCCACCAUGGCCAAGACCAAAGAGCUCUCCAAGAAUGUCAGGGACAAGAUUGUAGACCUACACAAGGCUGGAAUGGGCUACAAGACCAUCGCCAAGCAGCUUGGUGAGAAGGUGACAACAGUUGGUGCGAUUAUUCGCAAAUGGAAGAAUCACAAAAGAACUGUCAAUCUCCCUCGGCCUGGGGCUCCAUGCAAGAUCUCACCUCGUGGAGUUGCAAUGAUCAUGAGAACGGUGAGGAAUCAGCCCAGAACUACACGGGAGGAUCUUGUCAAUGAUCUCAAGGCAGCUGGGACCAUAGUCAACAAGAAAACAAUUGGUAACACACUACGCCGUGAAGGACUGAAAUCUUGCAGCGCCCGCAAGGUCCCCCUGCUCAAGAAAGCACAUAUACAGGGCCGUCUGAAGUUUGCCAAUGAACAUCUGAAAGAUUCAGAGGAGAACUGGGUGAAAGUGUUGUGGUCAGAUGAGACCAAAAUGGAGCUCUUUGGCAUCAACUCAACUCGCCGUGUUUGGAGGAGGAGGAAUGCUGCCUAUGACCCCAAGAACACCAUCCCCACUGUCAAACAUGGAGGUGGAAACAUUAUGCUUUGGGGGUGUUUUUCUGCUAAGGGGACAGGACAACUUCACUGCAUCAAAGGGACGAUGGACGGGGCCAUGUACCGUCAAAUCUUGGGUGAGAACCUCCUUCCCUCAGCCAGGGCAUUGAAAAUGGGUCGUGGAUGGGUAUUCCAGAAUGACAAUGACCCAAAACACACGGCCAAGGCAACAAAAUAGUGGCUCAAGAAGAAGCUUAUUAAGGUCCUGGAGUGGCCUAGCCAGUCUCCAGACCUUAAUCCCAUAGAAAAUCUGUGGAGGGAGCUGAAGGUUCGAGUUGCCAAACGUCAGCCUCGAAACCUUAAUGACUUGGAGAAGAUCUGCAAAGAGGAGUGGAACAAAAUCCCUCCUGAGAUGUGGGCAAACAUGGUGGCCAACUACAAGAAACGUCUGACCUCUGUGAUUGCCAACAAGGGUUUUUCCACCAAGUACUGUCAUGUUUUGCAGAGGGGUCAAUUACUUAUUUCCCUCAUUAAAAUGCAAAUCAAUUUAUAACAUUUUUGACAUGCGUUUUUCUGGAUUUAUUUGUUGUUAUUCUGUCUCUCACUGUUCAAAUAAACCUACCAUCAAAAUUAUAGACUGAUCAUUUCUUUGUCAGUGGGCAAACGCACAAAAUCAGCAGGGGAUCAAAUACUUUCUUCCCUCCUUCUCACCCUCCACAUGGAGCCUCCGACUACAUUUUUGAAUCAAGCAUAAAUUGGCUUUUAGUCUAGGCCUCCGCAAUGGAUCAGUUCGCAUAUAUAUUUAUAUUUGUUACUGCUCGACUAAAACAAUCUCGGUGGACCAACAGCCUAACUACCAAACAAUCGACCAGUCAACUAAUUGGGGUCAGCCCUGCAUCCUUGCAACACUUUAUAUCGGAGUUGUGCCUGGUCGUCACUAGUUAUCACAGCCACAAAGUCAUAAACCCUGCCCAUUUCUACAAUUUAUCAUCUUAAAAUGUGAUUUUAAACCUAACCACACUGCUAACCUUAUGCCUAACCCUAACCUCAACCCUAACCACACUGCUAACCUUAACCCUAACCUUAACCACACUGCUAACCUUAACCCUAACCUUAACCACACUGCUAACCUUAACCCUAACCUUAACCACACUGCUAACCUUAACCCUAACCUUAACCACACUGCUAACCUUAACCCUAACCUUAACCACACUGCUAACCUUAACCUUAACCCUAACCUUAACCCUAGAGUCCCUUUGUGCAUCUGACCCCAACCAGAACAACAUGUUGUUUGUGUGGGGAGGUGGUACUGCCUGUACCAAUAACCUCUAACCCAAUGUUAAUAGAAGCUCUAUUAAACAUAUUUCUUACAUCAUCUCUAGUCUCUUAUUUAAUUGAGAUGUAUUUAUGUAUUAUUCAUUCUUAUUUUGAUGGGAGUUCUUUGUGAUUGUUUUUGAUGUGACUGGUACAUAUCAAUGCACCUGGGCAUGACAGCCCAAUGGUUAGAUCAGGGAGAGAGUGACUGGUACAUAUCAAUGCACCUGGGCAUGACAGCCCAGUGGUUAGAUCAGGGAGAGAGUGACUGGUACAUAUCAAUGCACCUGGGCAUGACAGCCCAGUGGUUAGAGCAGGGAGAGAGUGACUGGUACAUAUCAAUGCACCUGGGCAUGACAGCCCAGUGGUUAGAUCAGGGAGAGAGUGACUGGUACAUAUCAAUGCACCUGGGCAUGACAGCCCAGUGGUUAGAGCAGGGAGAGAGUGACCGGUAAGUUGCUGGUUCAAAUCCCUCAGGGGAGGGAAUUAUUUUGGGGGGGGUGUUCCAUUGAGAAAGGCACUUGGCGCCAACUGUUUUAUGGUUUGCUGUUGAUGGAGUUUAUCCCAUCUAGUGACCAUUAACAAACAUUACAGGGAACUACCCUUUAUUCUGGUUGGAAGUUUGGAGCUUUCUGGGACCACUUCAUCUAUUGUUACAAUGAAUUAAAAUGGUACCUUGGUUUUAACUAGAGGUUUAUAUAAUGAGUGGGGUUAUUGUCUAUGUGCCCGUGCUCCCUGUACUCCUUGUGGGUAACAGUUUUUGUCCCCUAACCCUAACCACACUGCUGACCUUAUGCCUAACCCUAACCUCAACUCUAACCACACUGCUAACCUUAUGCCUAACCCUAACCACACUGCUAACCUUAUGCCUAACCCUAACCUCAACCCUAACCACACUGCUAACCUUAUGCCUAACCCUAACCUCAACCCUAACCACACUGCUAACCUUAUGCCUAACCCUAACCUCAACCAUAACCACACUGCUAACCUUAUGCCUAACCCUAACCUCAACCCUAACCACACUGCUAACCUUAUGCCUAACCCUAACCUCAACCCUAACCACACUGCUAACCUUAUGCCUAACCCUAACCUCAACCCUAACCACACUGCUAACCUUAUGCCUAACCCUAACAUCAACGCUAACCACACUGCUAACCUUAUGCCUAACCCUAACAUCAACCCUAACCACACUGCUAACCUUAUGCCUAACCCUAACCUCAACCCUAACCACACUGCUAACCUUAUGCCUAACCCUAACCUCAACCCUAACCACACUGCUAACCUUAUGCCUAACCCUAACCUCAACCCUAACCACACUGCUAACCUUAUGCCUAACCUCAACCCUAACCACACUGCUAACCUUAUGCCUAACCCUAACCUCAACCCUAACCACACUGCUAACCUUAUGCCUAACCCUAACCUCAACCCUAACCACACUGCUAACCUUAUGCCUAACCCUAACAUCAACCCUAACCACACUGCUAACCUUAUGCCUAACCCUAACCUCAACCCUAACCACACUGCUAACCUUAUGCCUAACCCUAACAUCAACCCUAACCACACUGCUAACCUUAUGCCUAACCCCUAACCUCAACCCUAACCACACUGCUAACCUUAUGCCUAACCCUAACCUCAACCAUAACCACACUGCUAACCUUAUGCCUAACCCUAACCUCAACCAUAACCACACUGCUAACCACACUGCUGACCUUAUGCCUAACCCUAACCACACUGCUAACCUUAUGCCUAACCCUAACCCUAACCUUAUGCCUAACCCUAACCACACUGCUGACCUUAUGCCUAACCCUAACCACACUGCUAACCUUAUGCCUAACCCUAAGCUUAACCCUAACCACACUGCUGACCUUAUGCCUAACCCUAACCACACUGCUAACCUUAUGCCUAACCCUAACCACACUGCUGACCUUAUGCCUAACCCUAACCUCAACCCUAACCACACUGCUAACCUUAUGCCUAACCCUAACCACACUGCUGACCUUAUGCCUAACCCUAACCUCAACCCUAACCACACUGCUAACCUUAUGCCUAACCCUAACCUCAACCCUAACCACACUGCUGACCUUAUGCCUAACCCUAACCACACUGCUAACCUUAUGCCUAACCGUAACCUCAACCCUGACCACACUGCUAACCUUAUGCUUAACCCUAACCACACUGCUAACCUUAUGCCUAACCCUAACCACACUGCUAACCUUAUGUCUAACCCUAACCACACUGCUAACCUUAUGCCUAACCCUAACCUCAACCCUAACCACACUGCUAACCUUAUGCCUAACCCUAACCUCAAACCUAACCACACUGCUAACCUUAUGCCUAACCCUAACCUCAACCCUAACCACACUGCUAACCUUAUGCCUAACCCUAACCACACUGCUAACCUUAUGCCUAACCCUAACCACACUGCUAACCUUAUGCCUAACCCUAACCUCAACCCUAACCACACUGCUAACCUUAUGCCUAACCCUAACCUCAACCCUAACCACACUGCUGACCUUAUGCCUAACCCUAACCUCAACCCAAACCACACUGCUGACCUUAUGCCUAACCCUAACCACACUGCUAACCUUAUGCCUAACCCUAACCACACUGCUGACCUUAUGCCUAACCCUAACCUCAACCCUAACCACACUGCUAACCUUAUGCCUAACCCUAACCUCAACCCUAACCACACUGCUGACCUUAUGCCUAACCCUAACCACACUGCUAACCUUAUGCCUAACCCUAACCUCAACCCUAACCACACUGCUAACCUUAUGCUUAACCCUAACCACACUGCUAACCUUAUGCCUAACCCUAACCACACUGCUAACCUUAUGCCUAACCCUAACCACACUGCUAACCUUAUGCCUAACCCUAACCUCAACCCUAACCACACUGCUAACCUUAUGCCUAACCCUAACCUCAAACCUAACCACACUGCUAACCUUAUGCCUAACCCUAACCUCAACCCUAACCACACUGCUAACCUUAUGCCUAACCCUAACCACACUGCUAACCUUAUGCCUAACCCUAACCUCAACCCUAACCACACUGCUAACCUUAUGCCUAACCCUAACCUCAACUCUAACCACACUGCUGACCUUAUGCCUAACCCUAACCUCAACCCAAACCACACUGCUAACCUUAUGCCUAACCCUAACCUCAACCACACUGCUGACCUUAUGCCUAACCCUAACCUCAAUCCUAACCACACUGCUAACCUUAUGCCUAACCCUAACCUCAACCCUAACCACACUGCUGACCUUAUGCCUAACCCUAACCUCAACCCUAACCACACUGCUAACCUUAUGCCUAACCCUAACCUCAACCCUAACCACACUGCUGACCUUAUGCCUAACCCUAACAUCAACUCUAACCACACUGCUAACCUUAUGCCUAACCUUAACCACACUGCUGACCUUAUGCCUAACCCUAACAUCAACUCUAACCACACUGCUAACCUUAUGCCUAACCUUAACCACACUGCUGACCUUAUGCCUAACCCUAACCUCAACCCUAACCACACUGCUAACCUUAUGCCUAACCCUAACCACACUGCUAACCUUAUGCCUAACCCUAACCUCAACCCUAACCACACUGCUAACCUUAUGCCUAACCCUAACCACACUGCUGACCUUAUGCCUAACCUCAACCCUAACCACACUGCUAACCUUAUGCCUAACCCUAACCUCAACCCUAACCACACUGCUAACCUUAUGCCUAACCCUAACCACACUGCUAACCUUAUGCCUAACCCUAACCUCAACCCUAACCACACUGCUAACCUUAUGCCUAACCCUAACCACACUGCUAACCUUAUGCCUAACCCUAACCACACUGCUGACCUUAUGCCUAACCUCAACCUUAAAUUAAGACCAAAAAGCAAAUAUUUAUUUAUAUUAAUUUGGACUUUGUGACUGUGGUAACCAGUGAAAACCAUUGUGGCUGUUGUUCACAUGCGUAGAAUGGUCUCACCUGAUCUUGCCUCCUCCCGACUGCCUUCCAUGUUUGAAGACAUUUAUUUUCAUUGUUAGAGCGGCCACUAGAGUAUCGGGUCAAUAUAAUGGAUCAUCUGUGUUAAGGUUGUUUUUUCCAGUAUGUGAUUCACAGCACCAUCUAGUGUCAUUUUAAUGCACCUCCAUUGAAACUGAUUCUGUACUGUUUUGAACACAUACACUGAAAUACUAUUGAACAUGAUGUUUUCCAACAUAUACACAAUGUAUUCUUCUGACAGAUCCCGUUUGAGAAAUGAAGUGGCCAACUUGGACCAGCAGGGUGGCGGUUCCAGGUACAUCAUGGGUUCAGGUGAGCCUACAGGAAUAUGUCUUGGGUGCUCCUCGUAACCUGUGGAUGUCUCUGCUUCCUCACUUCAAUACACUUCACUUACUGAACUAUAAAUUGGUCCGUAUAAGAGCACCUAUUAAAUUACAUUUGUCUAGGUGACUAACCCCUCCCUCCCUGUUGUCUAGGUGACUAAUCCCUCCCUCCCUGUUGUCUAGGUGACUAAUCCCUCCCUCCCUGUUGUCUAGGUGACUAACCCCUCCCUCCCUGUUGUCUAGGUGACUAAUCCCUCCCUCCCUGUUGUCUAGGUGACUAAUCCCUCCCUCCCUGUUGUCUAGGUGACUAACCCCUCCCUCCCUGUUGUCUAGGUGACUAACCCCUCCCUCCCUGUUGUCUAGGUGACUAAUCCCUCCCUCCCUGUUGUCUAGGUGACUAACCCCUCCCUCCCUGUUGUCUAGGUGACUAAUCCCUCCCUCCCUGUUGUCUAGGUGACUAAUCCCUCCCUCCCUGUUGUCUAGGUGACUAAUCCCUCCCUCCCUGUUGUCUAGGUGACUAAUCCCUCCCUCCCUGUUGUCUAGGUGACUAAUCCCUCCCUCCAUGUUGUCUAAGUGACUAAUCCCUCCCUCCCUGUUGUCUAGGUGACUAAUCCCUCCCUCCCUGUUGUCUAGGUGACUAAUCCCUCCCUCCCUGUUGUCUAGGUGACUAAUCCCUCCCUCUCUGUUGUCUAGGUGACUAAUCCCUCCCUCCCUGUUGUCUAGGUGACUAAUCCCUCCCUCCCUGUUGUCUAGGUGACUAAUCCCUCCCUCCCUGUUGUCUAGGUGACUAAUCCCUCCCUCCAUGUUGUCUAGGUGACUAAUCCCUCCCUCCCUGUUGUCUAGGUGACUAAUCCCUCCCUCCCUGUUGUCUAGGUGACUAAUCCCUCCCUCCAUGUUGUCUAGGUGACUAAUCCCUCCCUCCAUGUUGUCUAGGUGACUAAUCCCUCCCUCCCUGUUGUCUAGGUGACUAAUCCCUCCCUCCCUGUUGUCUAGGUGACUAAUCCCUCCCUCCCUGUUGUCUAGGUGACUAAUCCCUCCCUCCCUGUUGUCUAGGUGACUAAUCCCUCCCUCCCUGUUGUCUAGGUGACUAAUCCCUCCCUCCCUGUCUAUAGGUGACUAAUCCCUCCCUCCCUGUUGUCUAGGUAACUAAUCCCUCCCUCCCUGUUGUCUAGGUGACUAACCCCUCCCUCCCUGUUGUCUAGGUGACUAAUCCCUCCCUCCCUGUUGUCUAGGUGACUAACCCCUCCCUCCCUGUUGUCUAGGUGACUAACACCUCCCUCCCUGUUGUCUAGGCGACUAACCCCUCCCUCCCUGUCUUUAGGUGAGACACUGAUGGAGGUACAGCAGAGAGUGUUGCAGGAGAGAGAGCUGAAGAUCUGCUCUGCUCUGGAACGUCUGAGGAGGAAGAGACACCUGCUCCGCUCCCACCGCAAACACAGAGACUUCCCCAUCAUCUCUGUUAUGGGCUAUACCAACUGUGGUGAGAGACUGGGGGUUAUGGGCUAUACCAACUGUGGUGAGAGAGAGGGGGUUAUGGGCUAUACCAACUGUAGUGAGGGACAGGCGGUUAUGGGCUAUACCAACUGUGGUGAGAGACGGGGUUAUGGGCUAUACCAACUGUGGUGAGAGAGAGGGUUUAUGGGCUAUACCAACUGUGGUGAGAGACAGUGGGUUAUGGGCUAUACCUACUGUGAUGAGAGACAGGGUUAUGGGCUAUACCAACUGUGGUGAGAGACAGGGGAUUAUGGGCUAUACCAACUGUGGUGAGAGACAGGCGGUUAUGGGCACAGGAGGUUGGUGGCUCCUUGGGGAGAACGGGCUUGUGGUAAUGGCUGGAGCGGAAUAAGUGGAAUGGUAUCAAAUACAUCAAACACAUUUGUAUUUAUCCUGCCAAGGCAGCAGCUACUCUUCCUGGGGUUUAUUAUGGAUCCCCAUUAGUUCCUGCCAAGGCAGCAGCUACUCUUCCUGGGGUUUAUUAUGGAUCCCCGUUAGUUCCUGCCAAGGCAGCAGCUACUCUUCCUGGGGUUUAUUAUGGAUCCCCGUUAGUUCCUGCCAAGGCAGCAGCUACUCUUCCUGGGGUUUAUUAUGGAUCCCCGUUAGUUCCUGCCAAGGCAGCAGCUACUCUUCCUGGGGUUUAUUAUGGAUCCCCGUUAGUUCCUGCCAAGGCAGCAGCUACUCUUCCUGGGGUUUAUUAUGGAUCCCCGUUAGUUCCUGCCAAGGCAGCAGCUACUCUUCCUGGGGUUUAUUAUGGAUCCCCGUUAGUUCCUGCCAAGGCAGCAGCUACUCUUCCUGGGGUUUAUUAUGGAUCCCCGUUAGUUCCUGCCAAGGCAGCAGCUACUCUUCCUGGGGUUUAUUAUGGAUCCCCGUUAGUUCCUGCCAAGGCAGCAGCUACUCUUCCUGGGGUUUAUUAUGGAUCCCCGUUAGUUCCUGCCAAGGCAGCAGCUACUCUUCCUGGGGUUUAUUAUGGAUCCCCGUUAGUUCCUGCCAAGGCAGCAGCUACUCUUCCUGGGGUUUAUUAUGGAUCCCCGUUAGUUCCUGCCAAGGCAGCAGCUACUCUUCCUGGGGUUUAUUAUGGAUCCCCGUUAGUUCCUGCCAAGGCAGCAGCUACUCUUCCUGGGGUUUAUUAUGGAUCCCCGUUAGUUCCUGCCAAGGCAGCAGCUACUCUUCCUGGGGUUUAUUAUGGAUCCCCGUUAGUUUCCUGCCAAGGCAGCAGCUACUCUUCCUGGGGUUUAUUAUGGAUCCCCGUUAGUUCCUGCCAAGGCAGCAGCUACUCUUCCUGGGGUUUAUUAUGGAUCCCCGUUAGUUCCUGCCAAGGCAGCAGCUACUCUUCCUGGGGUUUAUUAUGGAUCCCCGUUAGUUCCUGCCAAGGCAGCAGCUACUCUUCCUGGGGUUUAUUAUGGAUCCCCGUUAGUUCCUGCCAAGGCAGCAGCUACUCUUCCUGGGGUUUAUUAUGGAUCCCCGUUAGUUCCUGCCAAGGCAGCAGCUACUCUUCCUGGGGUUUAUUAUGGAUCCCCGUUAGUUCCUGCCAAGGCAGCAGCUACUCUUCCUGGGGUUUAUUAUGGAUCCCCGUUAGUUCCUGCCAAGGCAGCAGCUACUCUUCCUGGGGUUUAUUAUGGAUCCCCGUUAGUUCCUGCCAAGGCAGCAGCUACUCUUCCUGGGGUUUAUUAUGGAUCCCCGUUAGUUCCUGCCAAGGCAGCAGCUACUCUUCCUGGGGUUUAUUAUGGAUCCCCGUUAGUUCCUGCCAAGGCAGCAGCUACUCUUCCUGGGGUUUAUUAUGGAUCCCCGUUAGUUCCUGCCAAGGCAGCAGCUACUCUUCCUGGGGUUUAUUAUGGAUCCCCGUUAGUUUCCUGCCAAGGCAGCAGCUACUCUUCCUGGGGUUUAUUAUGGAUCCCCGUUAGUUCCUGCCAAGGCAGCAGCUACUCUUCCUGGGGUUUUAUUAUGGAUCCCCGUUAGUUCCUGCCAAGGCAGCAGCUACUCUUCCUGGGGUUUAUUAUGGAUCCCCGUUAGUUCCUGCCAAGGCAGCAGCUACUCUUCCUGGGGUUUAUUAUGGAUCCCCGUUAGUUCCUGCCAAGGCAGCAGCUACUCUUCCUGGGGUUUAUUAUGGAUCCCCGUUAGUUCCUGCCAAGGCAGCAGCUACUCUUCCUGGGGUUUAUUAUGGAUCCCCGUUAGUUCCUGCCAAGGCAGCAGCUACUCUUCCUGGGGUUUAUUAUGGAUCCCCGUUAGUUCCUGCCAAGGCAGCAGCUACUCUUCCUGGGGUUUAUUAUGGAUCCCCGUUAGUUCCUGCCAAGGCAGCAGCUACUCUUCCUGGGGUUUAUUAUGGAUCCCCGUUAGUUCCUGCCAAGGCAGCAGCUACUCUUCCUGGGGUUUAUUAUGGAUCCCCGUUAGUUCCUGCCAAGGCAGCAGCUACUCUUCCUGGGGUUUAUUAUGGAUCCCCGUUAGUUCCUGCCAAGGCAGCAGCUACUCUUCCUGGGGUUUAUUAUGGAUCCCCGUUAGUUCCUGCCAAGGCAGCAGCUACUCUUCCUGGGGUUUAUUAUGGAUCCCCGUUAGUUCCUGCCAAGGCAGCAGCUACUCUUCCUGGGGUUUAUUAUGGAUCCCCGUUAGUUCCUGCCAAGGCAGCAGCUACUCUUCCUGGGGUUUAUUAUGGAUCCCCGUUAGUUCCUGCCAAGGCAGCAGCUACUCUUCCUGGGGUUUAUUAUGGAUCCCCGUUAGUUCCUGCCAAGGCUGCAGCUACUCUUCCUGGGGUUUAUUAUGGAUCCCCGUUAGUUCCUGCCAAGGCAGCAGCUACUCUUCCUGGGGUUUAUUAUGGAUCCCCUUUAGUUCCUGCCAAGGCAGCAGCUACUCUUCCUGGGGUUUAUUAUGGAUCCCCUUUAGUUCCUGCCAAGGCAGCAGCUACUCUUCCUGGGGUUUAUUAUGGAUCCCCGUUAGUUCCUGCCAAGGCAGCAGCUACUCUUCCUGGGGUUUAUUAUGGAUCCCCGUUAGUUCCUGCCAAGGCAGCAGCUACUCUUCGUGGGGUUUAUUAUGGAUCCCCGUUAGUUCCUGCCAAGGCAGCAGCUACUCUUCCUGGGGUUUAUUAUGGAUCCCCGUUAGUUCCUGCCAAGGCUGCAGCUACUCUUCCUGGGGUUUAUUAUGGAUCCCCGUUAGUUCCUGCCAAGGCAGCAGCUACUCUUCCUGGGGUUUAUUAUGGAUCCCCUUUAGUUCCUGCCAAGGCAGCAGCUACUCUUCCUGGGGUUUAUUAUGGAUCCCCUUUAGUUCCUGCCAAGGCAGCAGCUACUCUUCCUGGGGUUUAUUAUGGAUCCCCAUAAGUUCCUGCCAAGGCAGCAGCUACUCUUCCUGGGGUUUAUUAUGGAUCCCCAUUAGUUCCUGCCAAGGCAGCAGCUACUCUUCCUGUGGUUUAUUAUGGAUCCCCAUUAGUUCCUGCCAAGGCAGCAGCUACUCUUCCUGGGGUUUAUUAUGGAUCCCCAUAAGUUCCUGCCAAGGCAGCAGCUACUCUUCCUGGGGUUUAUUAUGGAUCCCCAUAAGUUCCUGCCAAGGCAGCAGCUACUCUUCCUGGGGUUUAUUAUGGAUCCCCAUUAGUUCCUGUCAAGGCAGCAGCUACUCUUCCUGGGGUUUAUUAUGGAUCCCCAUUAGUUCCUGCCAAGGCAGCAGCUGCUCUUCCUGGGGUUUAUUAUGGAUCCCCAUUAGUUCCUGCCAAGGCAGCAGCUACUCUUCCUGGGGUUUAUAAUGGAUCCCCAUUAGUUCCUGCCAAGGCAGCAGCUACUCUUCCUGGGGUUUAUAAUGGAUCCCCAUUAGUUCCUGCCAAGGCAGCAGCUACUCUUCCUGGGGUUUAUUAUGGAUCCCCAUUAGUUCCUGCCAAGGCAGCAGCUACUCUUCCUGGGGUUUAUUAUGGAUCCCCAUUAGUUCCUGCCAAGGCAGCAGCUAUUCUUCCUGGGGUUUAUAAUGGAUCCCCAUUAGUUCCUGCCAAGGCAGUAGCUACUCUUCCUGGGGUUUAUUAUGGAUCCCCAUUAGUUCCUGCCAAGGCAGCAGCUGCUCUUCCUGGGGUUUAUUAUGGAUCCCCAUUAGUUCCUGUCAAGGCAGCGGCUACUCUUCCUGGGGUUUAUUAUGGAUCCCCAUUAGUUCCUACCAAGGCAGCGGCUACUCUUCCUGGGGUUUAUUAUGGAUCCCCAUUAGUUCCUGCCAAGGCAGCAGCUACUCUUCCUGGGGUUUAUUAUGGAUCCCCAUUAGUUCCUGCCAAGGCAGCAGCUAUUCUUCCUGGGGUUUAUUAUGGAUCCCCAUUAGUUCCUGCCAAGGCAGCAGCUGCUCUUCCUGGGGUUUAUUAUGGAUCCCCAUUAGUUCCUGUCAAGGCAGCAGCUACUCUUCCUGGGGUUUAUUAUGGAUCCACAUUAGUUCCUGCCAAGGCAGCGGCUACUCUUCCUGGGGUUUAUUAUGGAUCCCCAUUAGUUCCUGCCAAGGCAGCGGCUACUCUUCCUGGGGUUUAUUAUGGAUCCCCAUUAGUUCCUGCCAAGGCAGCAGCUACUCUUCCUGGGGUUUAUUAUGGAUCCCCAUUAGUUCCUGCCAAGGCAGCAGCUUCUCCGCCUGGGGUCCAGCAACAUUAAGGCAGUUAUAUACAAUUUUAAAAACAUUACAAUACAUUUCACAACACAUCCAUGUGUACAGUGUGUGUGUUAUCGUGUGUGUGUGUAUGCAUGUGUUUGUGUCUAUGUUUGUGUUGCUUCACAGUCCCCGCUGUUCCAUAAGGUGUUUUUUUAUCUGUUUUUUUAAAUCUAAUUUUACUGCUUGCAUCAGUUACCUGAUGUGGAAUAGAGUUCCAUGUAGUAAUGGCUCUAUGUAGUACUGUGCUCCUCCCAUAGUCUGUUUCCAGGUGUUUGAUGCCAUUCCAUUAUUAUGAGCCGUCCUCCCCUCAGCAGCCUCCUGUGGUUAUGGGCUAUACCAACUCUAUCAUUUACCCACCUGUUGCUGCUAAAUGUAAUAUCAUAUCAUUAUAAAAAUAGGGAGUGUUGCUUCAUUCACCGCGAACGGUGAUCAGCAUUUACCCACUUAUUUAUUGACCAUUACACCUCCAACAGCACUUAUUUAAUAUCUAAUUAAAAUAUUGUCUCUUCUGCCUGUUCGUUGCUGAUAAACUCCAUCUCUGAUCCAGGUAAGACGACCCUGAUCAAGGCGUUGACGGGUGACGCGGCGCUGCAGCCCAGAGAUCAGCUGUUUGCCACGCUGGACGUCACGGUGCACGCCGGCACGCUGCCUAGUCACAUGACGGUGCUCUAUGUGGACACCAUUGGCUUCCUGUCCCAGCUUCCCCACCAGCUCAUAGACUCCUUCUCUGCCACGCUGGACGACGUCACUCACUCUGUAUGUUACUACAAUUUUCAUUGCAAAAUGUUUCCAAUUCAUCCCAAAGGUGUUCGUUAAGAUUUCCCUUCACAGCCCCAGACCAUUAUUCCUCCUCCACCAAACGUUACAGUUGGCACAAUGCAUUGGGGCAGGUAGCGUUCUCCUGGCAUCCGCCAAACCCAGAUUAGUCCGUCGGACUGCCAGAUGGUGAAGCAUGAUUCAUCACUCCAGAGAACUCAUUUCCACUGCUCCAGAGUCCAAGAGUCAGCUUUACACCACUCCAGCCGACGCUUGGCAUUGCGCAUGGUGAUCUUAGCCUUGUGUGCCACUGCGCGGCCAUGGAAACCCAUUUCAUGAAGCUCCCGACUAACAGUUAUUGUGCUGACGUGGCUUCCAGAGGCAGUUUGGAACUCGGUAGUGAGUGUUGCAACCGAGGACAGAUAAUAUUUACGUGUUACGUACGUCAGCACUCGGUGGUCCCGUUCUGUGAGCUUGUGUGGCCUACCAGUUACCGGCUGAGCCGUUGUUGCUCCUAGACCGGGGCAGCUCUAGCAGGGCAGAAAUUUGACGAACUGACUUGUUGGAAAGGUGGCAUCCUAUGACGGAGCCACGUUGAAAGUCACUGAGCUCUUCAGUACGGCCAUUCUACUGCCAAUGUUUGUCUAUGGAGAUUGCAUGGAUGUGUGCUCGGUUUGAUACACCUGUCAGCAACGGGUGUGGCUGAAAUAGCCGAAUCCACUAAUUUGAAGGGGUGUCCACAUACUGCUGUAUAGCUAGUGUACAGUGGGGAGAACAAGUAUUUGAUACACUGCCGAUUUUGCAGGUUUUCCUACUUACAAAGCAUGUAGAGGUCUGUAAUUUUUUAUCAUAGGUACACUUCAACUGUGAGAGACGGAAUCUAAAACAAAAAUCCAGAAAAUCACAUUGUAUGAAUUUUAAGUAAUUAAUUUGCAUUUUAUUGCAUGACAUAAGUAUUUGAUCACCUACCAACCAGUAAGAAUUCCGGCUCUCACAGACCUGUUAGUUUUUCUUUAAGAAGCCCUCCUGUUCGCCACUCAUUACCUGUAUUAACUGCACCUGUUUGAACUCGUUACCUGUAUAAAAGACACCUGUCCACACACUCAAUCAAACAGACUCCAACCUCUCCACAAUGGCCAAGACCAGAGAGCUGUGUAAGGACAUCAGGGAUAAAAUUGUAGACCUGCACAAGGCUGGGAUGGGCUACAGGACAAUAGGCAAGCAGCUUGGUGAGAAGGCAACAACUGUUGGCGCAAUUAUUAGAAAAGUUCAAGAUGACGGUCAAUCACCCUCGGUCUGGGGCUCCGUGCAAGAUCUCACCUCGUGGGGCAUCAAUGAUCAUGAGGAAGGUGAGGGAUCAGCCCAGAAACUACACGGCAGGACCUGGUCAAUGACCAGAAGAGAGCUGGGACCACAGUCUCAAAAAAACCAUUAGUAACACACUACGCCGUCAUGGAUUAAAAUCCUGCAGCGCACACAAGGUCCCCCUGCUCAAGCCAGCGCAUGUCCAGGCCCGUCUGAAGUUUGCCAAUGACCAUCUGGAUGAUCCAGAGGAGGAAUGGGAGAAGGUAAUGUGGUCUGAUGAGACAAAAUAGAGCUUUUUGGUCUAAACUCCACUCGCCAUGUUUGGAGGAAGAAGAAAGAUGAGUACAACCCCAAGAACACCAUCCCAACCGUGAAGCAUGGAGGUGGAAACAUCAUUCUUUGGGGAUGCUUUUCUGCAAAGGGGACAGGACGACUGCACCAUAUUGAGGGGAGGAUGGAUGGGGCCAUGUAUCGCGAGAUCUUGGCCAACAACCUCCUUCCCUCAGUAAGAGCAUUGAAGAUGGGUCGUGGCUAGGUCUUCCAGCAUGACAACGACCCGAAACACACAGCCAGGGCAACUAAGGAGUGGCUCUGUAAGAGGCAUCUCAAGGUCCUGGAGUGGCCUAGCCAGUCUCCAGACCUGAACCCAAUAGAAAAUCUUUGGAGGGAGCUGAAAGUCCGUAUUGCCCAGCGACAGCCCCGAAACCUGAAGGAUCUGGAGAAGGUCUGUAUGGAGGAGUGGGCCAAAAUCCCUGCUGCAGUGUGUGCAAACCUGGUCAAGACCUACAGGAAACGUAUGAUCUCUGUAAUUGCAAACAAAGGUUUCUGUACCAAAUAUUAAGUUCUGCUUUUCUGAUGUAUCAAAUACUUAUGUCAUGCAAUAAAAUGCAAAUGAAUUACUUAAAAAUCAUACAAUGUGAUUUUCUGGAUUUUUGUUUUAGAUUCCGUCUCUCACAGUUGAAGUGUACCUAUGAUAAAAAUUACAGACCUCUACAUGCUUUGUAAGUAGGAAAACCUGCAAAAUCGGCAGUGUAUCAAAUACUUGUUCUCCCCACUGUAUAUAUAGUAUAUAUUGUUGUUAAAGAGACAGUAGUACAUACUGCUGUAUAUAUAGUAUAUAUAUAGUAUAUAUUGUUGUUAAAGAGACCGUAGUACACACUGCUGUAUAUAUAGUGUAUAUAUAGUAUAUCUUGUUGUUAAAGAGACAGUAGUACAUACUGCUGUAUACAUAGUGUAUCUUGUUGUUAAAGAGACAGUAGUACACACUGCUGUAUAUAUAGUAUAUCUUGUUGUUAAAGAGACAGUAGUACAUACUGCUGUAUAUAUAGUGUAUAUAUAGUAUAUCUUGUUGUUAAAGAGACAGUAGUACAUACUGCUGUAUAUAUAUAGUGUAUAUAUAGUAUAUAUUGUUGUUAAAGAGACAGUAGUACAUACUGCUGUAUAUAUAGUGAAUCUUGUUGUUAAAGAGACAGUAGUACAUACUGCUGUAUAUCUUGUUGUUAAAGAGACAGUAGUACAUACUGCUGUAUAUAUAGUAUAUAUAUAGUAUAUCUUGUUGUUAAAGAGACAGUAGUACAUACUGCUGUAUAUCUUGUUGUUAAAGAGACAGUAGUACAUACUGCUGUAUAUAUAGUGUAUAUAUAGUAUAUCUUGUUGUUAAAGAGACAGUAGUACAUACUGCUGUAUAUCUUGUUGUUAAAGAGACAGUAGUACAUACUGCUGUAUAUCUUGUUGUUAAAGAGACAGUAGUACAUACUGCUGUAUAUAUAAUGUAUAUAUAGUAUAUAUUGUUGUUAAAGAGACAGUAGUACAUACUGCUGUAUAUAUAGUGUAUAUAUAGUAUAUCUUGUUGUUAAAGAGACAGUAGUACAUACUGCUGUAUAUCUUGUUGUUAAAGAGACAGUAGUACAUACUGCUGUAUAUCUUGUUGUUAAAGAGACAGUAGUACAUACUGCUGUAUAUAUAAUGUAUAUAUAGUAUAUAUUGUUGUUAAAGAGACAGUAGUACAUACUGCUGUAUAUAUUGUGUAUAUAUAGUAUAUCUUGUUGUUAAAGAGACAGUAGUACAUACUGCUGUAUAUCUUGUUGUUAAAGAGACAGUAGUACAUACUGCUGUAUAUCUUGUUGUUAAAGAGACAGUAGUACAUACUGCUGUAUAUAUAGUGUAUAUAUAGUAUAUAUUGUUGUUAAAGAGACAGUAGGACAUACUGCUGUAUAUAUAGUGUACUUUCUCCUUGUUCUGUGCCCAGGACCUGAUAAUCCAUGUGAGAGACAUCAGCCACCCAGAGACCGUGAACCAGAAGGAGAAUGUGUUGAAUGUCCUGAUGAACCUUCAGAUCCCAGACAGACUGAUGAGCUCCAUCGUAGAAGUCCAUAAUAAGAUAGAUCUGGUGGACAGGUGAGGAGAUGAACAUUCACACACACACACAGUCUUGUACAACUAACCUUGUGGGGACACACAAUUCAGUCCCAUUCAAAAUCCUAUUUUCCCUAAACCUAACCCGUACCCUAAUCCUAAUCUUAACCUGAAAAUAUAACCUUAAAAACCUAACCCUAGCUCCUAACCCUAACCCUAAAACUAACCCUAGCUCCUAACCCUAAACCUAAUUCUAACCCUAAUUCUAACCUUAACCCUAAACCCCCUAGAUAUAGCAUUUGACCUUGUGGGGACUAACAAAACGUCCCCAGUUUGUUUACUAUUCUUGUGGGGACUGGUCCCCACAAGUAUAGUUAAACACGUCCACACACACACACACACACACACACACACACACACACAGUUAAAACAGUGUGACAGGGGAGGACCUAAAGUCUGUUGAGGGGAGGACCUAAAGUCUGUUGAGGGGAGGACCUAAAGUCUGUUGAGGGGAGGACCUAAAGUCUGUUGAGGGGAGGACCUAAAGUCUGUUGAGGGGAGGACCUAAAGUCUGUUGAGGGGAGGACCUAAAGGCUGUUGAGGGGAGGACCUAAAGUCUGUUGAGGGGAGGACCUAAAGUCUGUUGAGGGGAGGACCUAAAGUCUGUUGAGCGGAGGACCUAAAGUCUGUUGAGGGGAGGACCUAAAGUCUGUUGAGCGGAGGACCUAAAGUCUGUUGAGGGGAGGACCUAAAGUCUGUUGAGGGGAGGACCUAAAGUCUGUUGAGGGGAGGACCUAAAGUCUGUUGAGGGGAGGACCUAAAGUCUGUUGAGGGGAGGACCUAAAGUCUGUUGAGAGGAGGACCAAAAGUCUGUUGAGGGGAGGACCAAAAGUCUGUUGAGGGGAGGACCUAAAGUCUGUUGAGGGGAGGACCUAAAGUCUGUUGAGGGGAGGACCUAAAGUCUGUUGAGGGGAGGACCUAAAGUCUGUUGAGAGGAGGACCAAAAGUCUGUUGAGGGGAGGACCAAAAGUCUGUUGAGGGGAGGACCUAAAGUCUGUUGAGGGGAGGACCUAAAGUCUGUUGAGGGGAGGACCUAAAGUCUGUUGAGGGGAGGACCUAAAGUCUGUUGAGGGGAGGACCUAAAGUAUGUUGAGGGGAGGACCUAAAGUCUGUUGAGGGGAGGACCUAAAGUCUGUUGAGGGGAGGACCUAAAGUCUGUUGAGGGGAGGACCUAAAGUCUGUUGAGGGGAGGACCUAAAGUCUGUUGAGGGGAGGACCUAAAGUCUGUUGAGGGGAGGACCUAAAGUCUGUUGAGGGGAGGACCUAAAGUCUGUUGAGGGGAGGACCUAAAGUCUGUUGAGGGGAGGACCUAAAGUCUGUUGAGGAGAGGACCUAAAGUCUGUUGAGGGGAGGACCUAAAGUCUGUUGAGCGGAGGACCUAAAGUCUGUUGAGGGGAGGACCUAAAGUCUGUUGAGUGGAGGACCUAAAGUCUGUUGAGGGGAGGACCUAAAGUCUGUUGAGGGGAGGACCUAAAGUCUGUUGAGGGGAGGACCUAAAGUAUGUUGAGGGGAGGACCAAAAGUCUGUUGAGGGGAGGACCAAAAGUCUGUUGAGGGGAGGACCUAAAGUCUGUUGAGCGGAGGACCUAAAGUCUGUUGAGCGGAGGACAUAAAGUCUGUUGAGGGGAGGAACUAAAGUCUGUUGAGGGGAGGACCAAAAGUCUGUUGAGCGGAGGACCUAAAGUCUGUUGAGCGGAGGACCUAAAGUCUGUUGAGGGGAGGACCUAAAGUCUGUUGAGGGGAGGACCAAAGGUCUGUUGAGGGGAGGACCAAAAGUCUGUUGAGGGGAGGACCUAAAGUCUGUUGAGGGGAUGACCUAAAGUCUGUUGAGGGGAGGACCAAAAGUCUGUUGAGGGGAGGACCAAAAGUCUGUUGAGGGGAGGACCUAAAGUCUGUUGAGGGGAGGACCUAAAGUCUGUUGAGGGGAGGACCUAAAGUCUGUUGAGGGGAGGACCUAAAGUCUGUUGAGGGGAGGACCUAAAGUCUGUUGAGCGGAGGACAUAAAGUCUGUUGAGGGGAGGAACUAAAGUCUGUUGAGGGGAGGACCAAAAGUCUGUUGAGCGGAGGACCUAAAGUCUGUUGAGCGGAGGACCUAAAGUCUGUUGAGGGGAGGACCUAAAGUCUGUUGAGGGGAGGACCAAAGGUCUGUUGAGGGGAGGACCAAAAGUCUGUUGAGGGGAGGACCUAAAGUCUGUUGAGGGGAGGACCUAAAGUCUGUUGAGGGGAGGACCUAAAGUCUGUUGAGGGGAGGACCUAAAGUCUGUUGAGAGGAGGACCAAAAGUCUGUUGAGGGGAGGACCAAAAGUCUGUUGAGGGGAGGACCUAAAGUCUGUUGAGGGGAGGACCUAAAGUCUGUUGAGGGGAGGACCUAAAGUCUGUUGAGGGGAGGACCUAAAGUAUGUUGAGGGGAGGACCUAAAGUCUGUUGAGGGGAGGACCUAAAGUCUGUUGAGGGGAGGACCUAAAGUCUGUUGAGGGGAGGACCUAAAGUCUGUUGAGGGGAGGACCUAAAGUCUGUUGAGGGGAGGACCUAAAGUCUGUUGAGGGGAGGACCUAAAGUAUGUUGAGGGGAGGACCUAAAGUCUGUUGAGGGGAGGACCUAAAGUCUGUUGAGGGGAGGACCUAAAGUCUGUUGAGGGGAGGAACUAAAGUCUGUUGAGGGGAGGACCUAAAGUCUGCCAGAUGUUUUUCUGACUAUGGUGUUUAUCCAUAUAUGAGUUCUUAUCAUUCAUUACAUGGAUAUGUUGUCCUCCUCAGCUAUGAGCCAUCUGAGCCCAACAGCCUGCCUAUCUCUGCUCUGAGAGAACAGGGCCUGGAGCACCUGAAGACUGUAGUAGAAGAAGCUAUAGUGAGAUCUACCGGGAAACAGGUCCUGACUCUCACGGUUGACCUCAGCAGCUCCCAGUUAAGGUAAGGUUAAGCCACAUACUGUGAGUGACUGCUACAGUAAUGACAGGAUUAUAGGAGCAGUCACUUUGAACAACCUUAUUCAUAUGGUGUUACACUUCUGCCUCUUCUGCUUCUUCUUCUGCUUCUGCUUCUUCUUCUGCUUCUUCUUCUGCUUCUUUUGCUUCUGCUUCUUCUGCUUCUUUUGCUUCUGCUUCUUCUGCUUCUUUUGCUUCUGCUUCUUCUGCUUCUUCUUCUGCUUCUUCUUCUUCUGCUUCUUUUGCUUCUUCUUCUUCUUUUGCUUCUUCUGCUUCUUCUGCUUCUUCCUCUCCUGUUCUUUUGCUUCUGCUUCUUCUGCUUCUUUUGCUUCUGCUUCUUCUGCUUCUUUUGCUUCUGCUUCUUCUUCUGCUUCUUCUUCUUCUGCUUCUUUUGCUUCUUCUGCUUCUUCUGCUUCUUCUUCUUCUUCCUCUCCUGUUCUUUUGCUUCUUCUUCUGCUUCUUCUUCUGCUUCUUUUGCUUCUUCUGCUUCUUUUGCUUCUUCUUCUGCUUCUUCUUCUGCUUCUUCUUCUUCUUUUGCGAUUACAGAAGUCAAUAAAUGAUAACGCCUGGGGAGUAGGAGUGAUACUGGGGGCUACAGGGCCUGGGUUAACCUCUACAUCACCAGAGGAACAGACGAGGAAUAGAAUAAGGAUACGGCUAAAGGCUUUAAGAACUGGUCUUCUAGUGCGUUGGGUACAUAGAAUAAAAGGGGCCGAUUUCCGGGCAUUUUAGAAUAGAUUCAGGGCAUUAUGUACAGACAAGGAUAUGGAAGGAUAUGAGUACAGUGGAGGUAAACCUAAGCGUUGGGUAAAGAUGAAAGAGAUAGCAUCACUGGAGGCACCGAUUGAGCCGGUUGAGCCGGUCUCCGCGUGUGUGGGGGGUGGGACAAAGGAUCUAUCUGAGACAGGUUGAGCAGGACUGGGGGCUCUACAUUGAAAAAGUACAGUUAGAACUAACCGAAACAGCAAUAGGCAAGGCAUAUUGACAUGGGAGAGAGGCAUAAAGCAGUCACAGGUGUUUUUCGAGAGAGCUAAGACAACAGCUGGUAAUGGUGACGAAAGAUUGAGCUGAGGCUAAACAGAUAAACAGGAUGGGGUACUGUGUAACGGAACAGUCCAGCAGGCAUCAGCUGUGUAGCUGAGUGAUCAUAAGGUCCAGUGAACAGCAAUAGGUGAGUCCGGGAGCAGUUCAGUGGCUGCUACGCUACAGGCGAGCAGGAGGCACGGCUGUUGAUUGCGCGUGCUAGCGGGCCGGGGCUAGCAGAUGGAUCUUCGUGGUCGUCGCAACGGGAAGCCUGUUGAAACCACAUCAGACGAUUACGUCGGCAGACCAGUCGUGAGGAUCGGCGGGGCUCCGUGUCAACACUAGGAGGUCCCGUCCGGUUGACAGAGAGGUAGAUAGCCGGGAGAUGGGCCUGGCUCGAGGCUAGCUCAAGGCUAACUGGGGUUAGCUUCAGGACAGUGGUGAUUAGUGGUGAUUAGCCAACAACGACAACAGCCAUUCGGUUGCAGCUAGCUAGUUGCGAUGAUCCGGUGUUAAGGUCCAGUGAUUCAGUGAUUCCGGCAGAAAAUCCGAUAUGCUCUGGCUCGAUAGCGCGAUGUGCAGACUGGCCGAUAAUUGUCCAGGCUAGAGCUGGCUGGUAGGUAGUGCAGGCCACGGACAAUGGUGAAGACCGCUAACGGUGGCUAAUAGCAAGUAGCUAGUUAACUGGCUAGCUGGCUAGUUUCAGCCAGAGGUUCUGGAUAAAAAUGUAUAAAGAAAUAAUAGAAUCCGUUCCACAUUGGGUGAGGCGGGUUGCAGGAAAGUAUAUUUAGUUAAAGGAUGGCGCAGUGGUCUAAGGCACUGCAUCACAGUGCUAGCUGUGCCACUAGAGAUCCGGGUUCGAGUCCAGGCUCUGUCGCAGCCGACCGUGACCGGGAGACCCAUGGGCGGCGCACAAUUGGUCCAGCGUCGUCCAAGGUAGGGGAGGGUUUGGCCGGCAGGGGUGUGGGUUCGUUUCCCACGGGGGGCCAGUAUGAAAAAAAUACAUAAUAAUAAUAACAACAUGUGCAUUCACUAGCUGUAAGUCGCUCUGGAUAAGUGUGUCUGCUAAAAAAAAGUAAAUCAAAAUAAAAUAUAUAUAUUUUUUUAAAGCGAGAUUGAGAAAUAUAUACGAAAAAAAACAAAUGUAAAAAAAAAAAACAGGCUAUUUACAUGAAGACACUACAGAAAACACGACCGCACUGCUAUGCCAUCUUGGAUAUGAUUGACAUCAUUUGAGUCAUUUGGAGGUGUACCUGUGGAUGUAUUUCAAGGCCUACCUUCAAACUCAGCUCCUCUUUGCUUGACAUCAUGGGAAAAUGAAAAGAAAUCAGCCAAGACCUCAGAAAACAAAUUGUGUGCCUUUAAAUUGUUUAUAGCUUCCCACAAUAAGUUGGGUGAAUUUUGGCCCAUUCCUCCUGACAGAGCUGGUGUAACUGAGUCAGGUUUGUAGGCUUCCUUGCGAGCAUACGUUUUUUCAGUUCUGCCCACAAAUGUUCUAUAGGAUUGAGGUCAGGGCUUUCUGAUGGCCACUCCAAUACCUUGACUUCGUUGUUCUUAAGCCAUUUUGCCACAACUUUGGAAGUAUGCUUGGGGUCAUUUUCCAUUUGGAAGAUCCAUUUGCGACCAAGCUUUAACUUCCUGACUGAUGUCUUGAGAUGUUGCUUCAAUAUAUUGACAUCAUUUUCCUUCCUCAUCAUGCCAUCUAUUUUGUGAAAUGCACCAGUCCCUCCUGCAGCAAAAAAGCUGCCACCCCUGUGCUUCUUGGUUGGAAUGGUGUUCUUCGGCUUGCAAGCACCCCCCUUUUCGUCCAAACAGUUCUAUUUUUGUUUCAUCAGACCAGAGGACAUUUCUCCAAAAAGUAUGAUCUUUGUCCCCAUGUGCAGUUGCAAACCGUAAUCUGCCUUUUUUAUGGCGGUUUUGGAGCAGUGGCUUCUUCCUUGCUGAGCGGCCUUUCAGGUUAUGUCGAUAUAGGACUCGUUUUACUGUGGAUAUAGAUACUUUUGUACCUGUUUCCUCCAGCAUGUUCACAAGGUUCUGGGAUUGAUUUGCACUUUUCGCACCAAAGUACGUUCAUCUCUAGGAGACAGAACGCGUCUCCUUCCUGAGCGGUUUGACGGCUACAUGUUCCCAUGGUGUUUAUACUUGCGUACGAUUGUUUGUACAGAUGAACGUGGUAUUUUCUGGAAUUUUCAAAGCUGUUUAAAGGCACAGUCAACUUAGUGUAUGUAAACUUCUGACCCACUGGAAUUGUGAUACAGUGAAUUAUAAAUUAAAUAAUCUGUCUGUAAACAAUUGUUGGAAAAAUUACUUGUCAUGCACAAAGUAGAUGUCCUAACCAACUUGCCAAAACUAUAGUUUAAGUGACCCCACAUAAGACAAUUAGUGUGUUUUUGGUGCCCCCCUAACAGCUGAUCUCUGCCUUUACAAAAAAAAAAAGAAAAAAAAGAGAUAGAAAAUAUGAAAUCUCAGAUUGACACCAGCAUUGACAGUUGCCGACACCACACCAGCAUUUCUGGUCAGGAGGCAUUUGAGGCAAUCUGUAGAAACAAUGAGAAUAGAAAGGUUCAGAACUUUUGUGAAACAUCACAGUACAGUUGAAAAAAAUAUGGCAAAUAGAAAUCCAAUAUGGAUGGUGUUAAGAGAUAGAUGGGAGGUGUUGAAUGGAGUUGGAAGGAUGGGACUAAUAACAAAUAACAACAACUAAUAACAACAAGAUAACUAAUGUAAAGCAUACUGUGUCCAUAAUAAGUAUAUGGGUUAUAGGUUGAGAGCUUUUGUGAAAGAGCACAGUUAGAAAGAUAUGGCAUAUAGAAGCAAACCGGAUGGACAUCAUGAAAAUGAUCGGCGAGGUUGAGGGUAGAGGAAGUUCAGGAGAAAAAAACAAACAAAAUAUAAUUAUUGUAAAAUUGACUGUGUCCGUAAAAUGUACACUACUGUUCAAAAGUUUGGGGUCACUUAGAAAUGUCAUUGUUUUCGAAAGAACAGGAAUGUUUUUGCCCAUUAAAAUAACAUCAAAUUGAUCAGAAAUACAGAAAUACAGUGUAGACAUUGUUAAUGUUGUAAAUGGCUAUUGUAGCUGGAAACGGCUGAUUUUUUAUGGAAUAUCUACAUAGGCGUACAGAGGCCCAUUAUCAGCAACCAUCAGUCCUGUGUUCCAAUGGCACGUUGUGUUUGCUAAUCCAAGUUUAUCAUUUUAAAAGGCUAAUUGAUAAUUAGAAAACCCUUUUGCAAUUAUGUUAGCACAGCUGAAAACUGUUGUGCUGAUUAAAGAAGCAAUAAAACUGGCCUUCUUGAGACUAGUUGAGUAUCUGGAGCAUCAGCAAUUGUGGGUUCGAUUACAGGCUCAAAAUGGCCAGAAACAAAUAACUUUCUUCUGAAACUCGCCAGUCUAUUCUUGUUCUGAGAAAUGAAGGCUAUUCCAUGCGAGAAAUUGCCAAGAAACUGAAGAUCUCGUACAACACUGUGUACUACUCCCUUCACAGAACAGCGCAAACUGGCUCUAACCAGAAUAGAAAGAGGAGUGGGAGGCCCCAUUAGAGUGUCUAGUUUGAGAAACAGACGCCUCACAGGUCCUCAACUGGCAGCUUCAUUAAAUAGUACCCGCAAAACACCAGUCUCAACGUCAACAGUGAACAGGCGACUCCGGGAUGCUGACCUUCUAGGCAGAGUUGCAAAGAAAAAGCCAAAUAUCAGACUGGCCAAUAAAAAGAAAAUAUUAAGAUGGGCAAAAGAACACAGACACUGGACAGAGGAAGAUUGGAAAAAAGUGUUAUGGACAGACGAAUCGAAGUUUGAGGUGUUCGGAUCACAAAGAAGAACAUUUGUGAGACCCAGACCAAAUGAAAAGAUGCUGGAGGAGUGCUUGAUGCCAUCUGUCAAGCAUGGUGGAGGCAAUGUGAUGGUCUGGGGGUGCUUUGGUGGUGUUAAAGUGGGAGAUUUGUACAGGGUAAAAGGGAUCUUGAAGAAGGAAGGCUAUCACUCCAUUUUGCAACGCCAUGCCAUACCCUGUAGAUGGCGCUUGAUUGGAGCCAAUUUCCUCCUAAAACAGGACAAUGACCCAAAGCUCCAAACUAUGCAAUAACUAUUUAGGGAAGAAGCAGGAGGAUGAAAAAAAACAUACAGUGAGGGAAAAAGUAUUUGAUCCCCUGCUGAUUUUGUACGUUUGCCCACUGAAAAAGACAUGAUCAGUCUAUAAAUUUAAUGGUAGGUUUAUUUGAACAGUGAGAGACAGAAUAACAACAAAAAAAUCCAGAAAAACGCAUGUCAAAAAUUGUAUAUAUUGAUUUGCAUUUUAAUGAGGGAAAUAAGUAUUUGACCUCUCUGCAAAACAUGACUUAGUACUUGGUGGCAAAACCCUUGUUGGCAAUCACAGAGGUCAGACGUUUCUUGUAGUUGGCCACCAGGUUUGCACACAUCUCAGGAGGGAUUUUGUCCCACUCCUCUUUGCAGAUCUUCUCCAAGUCAUUAAGGUUUCGAGGCUGACGUUUGGCAACUCGAACCUUCAGCUCCCUCCACAGAUUUUGUGGUCCUCUGUAGCUCAGCUGGUAGAGCACGGCGCUUGUAACGCCAAUGUAGUGGGUUCGAUCCCCGGGACCACCCAUACACAAAAAUGUAUGCACGCAUGACUGUAAGUCGCUUUGGAUAAAAGCGUCUGCUAAAUGGCAUAUUAUUAUUAUUAUUAUUCUAUGGGAUUAAGGUCUGGAGACUGGCUAGCCCACUCUAGGACCUUAAUGUGCUUCUUCUUGAGCCACUCCUUUGUUGCCUUGGCCGUGUGUUUUGGGUCAUUGUCAUGCUGGAAUACCCAUCCACAACCCAUUUUCAAUGCCCUGGCUGAGGGAAGGAGGUUCUCACCCAAGAUUUGACAGUACAUGGCCCCGUCCAUCGUCCCUUUGAUGCAGUGAAGUUGUCCUGUCCCCUUAGCAGAAAAACACCCCCAAAGCAUAAUGUUUCCACCUCCAUGUUUGAUGGUGGGGAUGGUGUUCUUGGGGUCAUAGGCAGCAUUCCUCCUCCUCCAAACACGUUGAGUUGAUGCCAAAGAGGUCCCUACUAGACUACUAAUAGAGCUCCCUACUAAUAGAGGUCCCUACUAAUAGAGGUCCCUACUAAUAGAGCCCCUACUAAUAGAGGUCCCUACUAAUAGAGGUCCCUACUAGACUACUAAUAGAGGUCCCUACUAAUAGAGGUCCCUACUAAUAAGGUCCCUACUAAUAGAGGUCCCUACUAAUAGAGGUCCCUACUAUAAGGUCCCUACUAAUAGAGGUCCCUACUAGACUACUAAUAGAGCUCCCUACUAAUAGAGGUCCCUACUAAUAGAGGCCCCUACUAGACUACUAAUAGAGGUCCCUACUAAUAGAGGCCCCUACUAAUAGAGGUCCCUACUAGACUACUAAUAGAGCUCCCUACUAAUAGAGGUCCCUACUAAUAGAGGCCCCUACUAGACUACUAAUAGAGGUCCCUACUAAUAGAGGUCCCUACUAAUAGAGGUCCCUACUAAUAGAGGCCCCUACUAAUAGAGGUCCCUACUAAUAGAGGUUCCUACUAGACUACUAAUAGAGCUCCCUACUAAUAGAGGUCCCUACUAAUAGAGGUCCCUACUAGACUACUAAUAGAGGUCCCUACUAAUAGAGGUCCCUACUAGACUACUAAUAGAGGUCCCUACUAGACUACUAAUAGAGCUCCCUACUAAUAGAGGCCCCUACUAAUAGAGGUCCCUACUAAUAGAGGCCCCUACUAAUAGAGGUCCCUACUAAUAGAGGUCCCUACUAGACUACUAAUAGAGCUCCCUACUAAUAGAGGUCCCUACUAAUAGAGGUCCCUACUAAUAGAGGUCCCUACUAAUAGAGGUCCCUACUAAUAGAGGUCCCUACUAAUAGAGGUCCCUACUAGACUACUAAUAGAGCUCCCUACUAAUAGAGGUCCCUACUAAUAGAGGCCCCUACUAGACUACUAAUAGAGGUCCCUACUAAUAGAGGCCCCUACUAAUAGAGGUCCCUACUAGACUACUAAUAGAGCUCCCUACUAAUAGAGGUCCCUACUAAUAGAGGCCCCUACUAGACUACUAAUAGAGGUCCCUACUAAUAGAGGGUCCCUACUAAUAGAGGUCCCUACUAAUAGAAGGCCCCUACUAAUAGAGGUCCCUACUAAUAGAGGUUCCUACUAGACUACUAAUAGAGUCCCUACUAAUAGAGGUCCCUACUAAUAGAGGUCCCUACUAAUAGAGCCCUACUAAUAGAGGUCCCUACUAAUAGAGGUCCUACUAGACUACUAAUAGAGUCCCCAUACAUAGAGCCUACUAAUAGAGGUCCUCCUACUAAUAGAGGCCCUACUAAUAGAGGUCCCUUAGCUACAUAGAGGUCCCUACUAUAGAAGCCCCUACUAAUAGAGGUCCCUACUAAUAGAGGUCCCUACUAAUAGAGGUCCCUACUAACUACUAAUAGAGGUCCCUACUAAUAGAGGUCCCUACUAAUACUAAGAGGUCCCUACUAAUAGAGGUCCCUACUAAUAGAGGUCCCUACUAAUAGAGGUCCCUACUAAACCUACAUAGAGGUCCCUACUAAUAGAGGUCCCUACUAAUAGAGGUCCCUACUAUAGAGGUCCCUACUAAUAGAGGUCCCUACUAAGAGGUCCUAUAGACUACUAAUAGAGCUCCCUACUAAUAGAGGUCCCUACUAAUAGAGGUCCCUACUAAUAGAGGUCCCUACUAAUAGAGGUCCCUACUAAUAGAGGCCCCUACUAAUAGAGGUCCCUACUAAUAGAGGUCCCUACUAAUAGAGGCCCCUACUAAUAGAGGUCCCUACUAAUAGAGGUCCCUACUAGACUACUAAUAGAGGUCCCUACUAAUAGAGGUCCCUACUAGACUACUAAUAGAGGUCCCUACUAAUAGAGGUCCCUACUAGACUACUAAUAGAGGUCCCUACUAAUAGAGGUCCCUACUAAUAGAGGUCCCUACUAGACUACUAAUAGAGGUCCCUACUAAUAGAGGUCCCUACUAGACUACUAAUAGAGGCCCCUACUAAUAGAGGUCCCUACUAAUAGAGGUCCCUACUAAUAGAGGUCCCUACUAAUAGAGGUCCCUACUAAUAGAGGUCCCUACUAAUAGAGGUCCCUACUAGACUACUAAUAGAGGUCCCUACUAGACUACUAAUAGAGGUCCCUACUAGACUACUAAUAGAGGUCCCUACUAAUAGAGGUCCCUACUAAUAGAGGUCCCUACUAAUAGAGGUUCCUACUAGACCAGGGGAGAUCAGGGCAGAUUCAGUGCCUCUUUUUAAAUACCUGCUGAAGACACACUUUUAUAAAGAUCAUUUUAAUGUCUGAUUUUAAUUAGCUAUCUUUUUUUAUUCUCCUUCCUCCUGUUUCUUUGUUAGUACUUUUAUUGUAUUAUUUUAUGAUGUGAAGCACUCUGUUACUCGUAUUGAAAAGCGUUGUUAUUAUUAUUAACUUUGUCUUCGUGUGUUUCCAGCUGGCUGUACAAGGAGGCAACGGUUCAGGAAGUGGACGUUAACCCUGAUGAAGGUUCCGCUGUCGUCAAGGUGAUCAUCGGUGCUGCUGCUUACGGACGCUACAGGAAGAUGUUCCAACGUAGUUAGAAGCACUACAGGUGCACACCAGUGAUGAACCCUGGAUGACUGACAGGCGCUUUAUUGAAGACACCGCGCAGCCAUCUUCCUACUCCUUCAUUGUAAAACAUAUUUUGGAAGCUGUAGAAAUGCAUUUAUUGAUGUCUGCAUUCGUUUUUUGACACGUUUAUUCUAAUGCAUACUUUAAAAAUAUUUUAUGUUAGCUAAACAUACAACAAAAAAAUAUAACAUUUUCCUUAAAGUAUUUGUUUUGAGUAGUAAUGUUACUGUCCCCACUACAACAACAAAAAUACUUAAAUACAUGUAAUUUUGUCCUUGAAACAUUUAAUUGAAAUCCUGUCGAAUUCCAUUCAUUCCUCUGGAGGACUGCUCCUACUGGGGAGUGGCAAUAUGGCCGACCGCUGGCUUCACAGCCUCUCAUUGGCCAAUACAUAGCAUCAGUAAUACAGGGUUUAUACACACCAUUGGUCUACACCUGUCUUAAUGAGAUGCUGUUCCACGGUACCCAGUUAGCACUAGCAGCACUGUUCACCUGUCUCAGUCAGAACUACUGUACCCAGUUAGCUAGUUAGCAGCACUGUUCCCCUGUCUCAGUUAGAACUACUGUACCCAGUUAGCUAGUUAGCAGCACAGUGUUCCCCUGUCUCAGUUAGAACUACUGUACCCAGUUAGCUAGUUAGCAGCACAGUGUUCCCCUGUCUCAGUCAGAACUACUGUACCCAGUUAGCUAGUUAGCAGCACAGUGUUCCCCUGUCUCAGUCAGAACUACUGUACCCAGUUAGCUAGUUAGCAGCACAGUGUUCCCCUGUCUCAGUUAGAACUACUGUACCCAGUUAGCUAGUUAGCAGCACAGUGUUCCCCCGUGUCAAUGACUACUUGAAAUACUAGAACUUCUCUUGCUUAUGGCUGCACAAUGCUCCGGAUGAUGGCAUGCCAUAGCUCUCUGUUGUUCAUGACAGCUGGUAGGUCCUCUGUUCUGAGACCAUUCUACUGUCUCUAAAGAAAAAAGCAUACUGCUGCUGGUUGUGUUAACAGGAACUAUGCCAUAGCUCUGUGUUAAGGCGUAUGCAUGCUUCCCAGCCGAAACAGUUCGGAAGAGUUUGUGCAUAUAUUGUGACGUUUUAUAGUUUGUUUUGGACUUUCGGUGAGAAUAUUUUCUGGAGGCAAGCCGAAAGUCUACGCUCUUCGUCGCUGAAUGGUCAACAGUAGGGAUUGUUCAAUAAAGUAUUUGUUGUCAUUCAAGGAGAGACGACUCGUUUUAAUGCUAAUUUUUUCAUUGAUAAAUACUUAGUCGCGCAACUGUACAUCUAACUAAGAUCUCCUUGGCAAAAACGUACAAAUUUAUGCCAGAUUUCUUGAGUUAUCUUAUAUUAAUUAGAUUUUGAGGAAUUGUAUACUGGCUACGGCGUCUCAAAAUGGACAAACAGUACUACAGUAUAGCCUAUUUAUUUCUUGUUUUUCAAGGGAGUAUGUGCGCACACUCGUUCGGUUCGGCUAGCCGAGUUCGGCUAGGCGCCAGAAGCCUUUACCCGUAAUCACUGUUACCGAGAGUUCGUGUUAUAACAUCCUUUUAUAGGGAACACACAACAAAUACUGUCAGCUGUGAUUCAUCAGAAAACCAAACAACUCUUGUUGUAUGAAUGAUAAAAUGCAUUUAAUGUAUUUAAAUGUAAAUAUGUAAAAGGAAAGUGACAAAGUAUAACAGUAUAUUGAUUCAUUAUUUAUCUGUAAUCCUGCAGUCCAAAGUAACUGUCUACAUCAUGUUUCACAUCUCAACUGAGCUGGACCUGGUUGUAUCAGAGGAGGAACACUGCAUGUGUAACAUUUGAUCUCUUAAAAAUGAAUAUCAUCACUGCAAAAAGUAGAAUAUUCCUGUAAAUAUUUUAAAAUCCAUAGAAAAAAACGAAACAAGAGGUGGACUUUUAAUGACUCCCUAAAACAAAAUAUUGACCUCUUCUACUGUAAGAGUCCUGUUACAGGAAUAAGGGGUGUGAGUAUAAGAGAUAAAGUGCCUUCAGAAAGUAUUCAUACCCCUUGACUUAUUCCACAUUUUGUUGCGUUACAGCCGGAAUCCAACAUGGAUUCAAUUAUUAUAAUUUUUACAUUUUAUUUUCACCCAUCUAAACACAAUACCCCAUAAUGACAAAGGGAAAACAUGUUUUAAAUUUUUUUUGAAAAUGUAUUAAAUGAAAUAUCUCGUUCACAUUAGUAUUCACACCCUGGAGUCAAUCCAUGUUAGAAUCACCUUUGGCAGCGAUUACAGCUGUGAGUCUUUCUGGGUAAGUCUCUAAGAGCUUUGCACACCUGGAUUGUCCAAUAUUUGCACACUUUUUUUUUUAUUCUUCAAGCUCUGUCAAGUUAGUUGUUGAUCAUUGCUAGACAGCCAUUUUCAAGUCUUGCCGUAGAUUUUCAAGCCUAUUUAAGUCACAACUGUAUCUAGGCCACUCAGGAACAUUCAAUGUCGUCUUGGUAAGCAACUCCAGUGUAUAUUUGGUUUCUGUUUUAUGUUACUGUUCUGCUGAAAGGUGAAUUUGUCUCCCAGUGUCUGUUGGAAAGCAGACUGAACCAGGGUUUCCUCUAGAAAUUUUGCCUGUGCUUAGCUCUAUUCAGUUUCUUUUUAUCCUUACAAACUCCCUAGACCUUGCCGAUGACAAGCAAACCCAUAACAUGAUGCAGCCCCCACCAUGCUUGAAAAUAUACAUAACGCUUUGUAUUAAGGACAUAGUUCAUUUCUUUGCCACAUUUUUUUUUGCAGUUUUACUUUAGUGCCUUAUUGCAAACAGGAUGUAUGUUUUAGAAUAUGUUUUAUUCUGUACAGGCUUCCUUCUUUUCACUCUGUCAUUUAGGUUAGUAUUGUGGAGUAACUACAAUGUUGUUGAUCCAUCCUCAGUUUUCUCCUAUCACAGCCAUUAAACUCUAACUGUUUUGAAGUCACCAUUGGCCUAAUGAUGAAAUCCCUGAGCGGUUUCCUUCCUCUCCGGCAACUGAGUUAGGAAGGACGCCUGUAUCUUUGUAGUGACUGGGUGUAUUGAUACACCAUCCAAAGUGUAAUUAAUAACUUCACCAUGCUCAAAGGGAUAUACAAUGUCUGCUUUUUUAUUUUUACCCAUCUACCAAUAGGUGCUCUUCUUGUUGGAAAACCUCCUUGGUCUUUGUGGUUUAAUCUGUGUUUUAAAUUCUUGACUGAGGGACCUUACAGAUAAUUGUAUGUGUGGGGUACAUUUACAUUUAAGUCAUUUAGCAGACGCUCUUAUCCAAAGAUGAGGUAGUCAUUAAACAAUUAAUGUUAAACACUAUUAUUGCACAGAGAGUCCAGACUUGUUAAGCACAUUUUUACUCCUGAACUUAUUUAGGCUUGCCUAAAAACAUAAUUCCACUUUGACAUUAUGGGGUAUUGUGUGUAGGCCAGUGACACAAAAUCUCAAUUUAAUCCAUUUUAAAUUCAGGCAAAACAACAAAAUGUGGAAAAAGUCAAGGGGUGUGAAUCAUUUCUGAAGUAUCUAGGUCAGAAUGAUUCCCUGUGAAACCAGAUAAUGACCGGUUGUCCUCCCUCGUAACUUUGCUGCUGUAACAGUUUUCUGUUCUCUUUGAAUGACUUAUUUUGGACUGAAUGACUCCCUAAACCAGAUAUUUUAUUUCUCAUCUGUAGUCUAGUCAGUCCUCCUCUGCUUUAAGAGUCCUCUGAUCCAUCCUCUGCUGCCGUAACAGUUUUCUAUUGAGCUUGAUGACCAGGGGACAGAAGGGGACAGGUCCUAUAAAGUCUCCUGCUAUGAUGUUGAGGCUGUUAGGGUGUGGUCCGGGGACCUGUUCCUCCAGCCACGCCUUGAGCUCCUUCCAGUUAGCCAGGGUUAGGGUCUGCAGGGACUGACAGGGGUGCAGCGCGAUGUAGGAGCGAUCAGCCGUCAGGUUCAGACCAGACACAAAGAAACCAUCUGAACAAAACAAAACAUGGAUUAAGUCUACACCCUAUUCAAUCCGUAUCACGGAAGUUCAGCGUUACGGCGUGAUUGACAUUUAAAGCUGAGGUUCCUGUGUUAGUGGAGACUGCAUUAGCAGUAACGCUAGAGCCAGAGUCUCCGAAAACACUAAACUUCACAUUUAUCAAAUCAAAUGUAUUUUAUCUUAAAAUUAAAGCUAAAAAAAUAAUAAUAAUAGGGAUUAAAGCCAGAUUCAACCAGAUCAUUAACCGGCGGUAGCUGAUGUUUUGGCGGUGUCGGAAGUGUAACUGCGUUGGGAUCUGUCAAAUCGGUGAGCAGCUGCUCUUGAUCAUUGUCACGAAGCCACACCCACCCCACUCUCGUUAGAAGUUCAGAAGGAGGAAGUGUAGGCUAUAUAGAAAUAAUUGCGCUCAAAUUGAAAAAUCAUUAAACAAAAUGAGGAUUUCUAGCAUCCUAAUGGAGGUGUAGAAUACAUCUCACAUUACAGUGUUCCAACUGGUUAACAAGGCCGCAUGGGAUUUCAGUUAAUGUGACUCCGUGCAGCCAAUGGCAACGUCCGCUUUAGGUAUAACGCCAGGAGCCGCUUGGGGAUUGGACAGCUCUAAGGCAGUUCCACCUCCGACACCGUCAGAACAUCAGCUAUGUAGAUUUCAGCUAAAGCGGAUCAUAUUGAAUAGAGCCCCUAUUUGUUUUACCAUUACAUCACUGGUUAUACCUCAACUGUUUAUUUUUACCAUUACAUCUAUGUCACUCCAAGAUGGCAGCCAAUCAGUCUGUCCGUUUGUAUGUCUGAUCCUUGACAUCUGAGUUAAGAGUUUUUGUUUUAAUGACCCUGAUCCUGUCUACAGAAGCAAACACUUUUGAUGUGAAGGUGGAUGCUGUAUAUAACAACUAUUAUUUUUAGAUCUCCGUCUCUAUUUUACGAAAUUUGCUUGUACAAAUAUUUCUGAUUGAGAAGGCCUUUGUUUUUCUGCCUCGGGCCGGUCGUGAACUGUAGCCUACAACUUUUUGGAGUUGGAGCGUGCCGAGUCAGGAGCGUCUAUCUGCGCGCAAGGCCUGCUAUGCGAGCGCAGGUGCUGAAGGCUAGGAGCAGAGAAGCGGUUGCCAGAUUGGAAAACCUGAUAAGGCUGUGGGAAAAUCUACGUCGUCGUACACAACGUCUACUGGUCGUCACCUGUGCUGAAAGACCUCUAAAAACCAGCAUUAUGUAUCUGUUACUGUGCCUGCUCUUUACUCAAUGCCGCCCUGGAUUAAAUAGGCUGAAUGAUCAAUGGGUGAGUGAAUUAUCUUCGCCUUUAUACAAUUUGCAAACACUCCUACAACAUCAUGUCAUUACCACCAGGAACUUGGUCUCUCUCUGCAGCUGCAUUUGUACCUCUCUCAAACUACUACACCUGAUGGUUUGACUUUCAAAGUCUUGAAUGACUUUCUUUCUGUGUCGAAAGACUCCGCUCGUUUUAUUGACAAUGGUGCUGGCUCCGCCAAGUCAAAAUUAAAUUAAAUAAAAUUGUAUUUGUAACAUGCACCGAAUACAACAGGUGUAGACCUUACCGUGAAAUGCUUUCUUACAAGCACUUAACCAGCAAUGCAGUUCAAGAAAUAGUUAAGAAAAUAUUUACUAAAUAAACCAAAGUAAAAAAUAAAAUAGAAAGUAACAAAAUAAUGAGGCUAUGUACAGGGGGUACCGAGUCAAUGUGCAGGGGUACAGGUUAGUCGAGGUAAUUUGUACAUGUAGGUAGGGGUAAAGUGACUAUACAUAGAUAAUAAACAGAGAGUGGGGGGGGGGGUCAAUGUAAAUAGUCUGGGUGGCCAUUUUAUUAAUUGUUCAGCAGUCUUAUGGCUUCGGGGUAGAAGCUGUUAAGGAGCCUUUUGGACCUAGACUUGGCGCUCCGGUAUCGCUUGCCGUGCGGUAGCAGAGAGAACAGUCUAUGACUUGGGUGACUGGAGUCUUUGACAAUUUUUAGGGCCUUCCUCUGACACCGCCUGGUAUAGAGGUCCUGGAUGGCAGGAAGCUUGGCCCCAGUGAUGUACUGGGCCGUACGCACUACCCUCUGUAGUGCCUUGCAGUCGGAGGCCGAGCAGUUGCCAUACCAGGCGGUGAUGUAACCAGUCAGGAUGCUCUUGAUGGUGCAGCUGUAGAACGUUUUGAGGAUCUGGAGAACCAUGCCAAAUCUUUUCAGUCUCCUGAGGGGGAAUAGGUUUUGUCGUGCCUUCUUCACGACUGUCUUGGUGUGUUUGGACCAUGAUAGUUUGUUGGUGAUGUGGACACCAAGGUACUUGAAACUCUCGACCCGCUCCACUACAGCCCCGUCGAUGUUAAUGGGGGCGUGUUCGGCCUUCCUUUUCCUGUAGUUCACGAUCAGCUACUUUGUCUUGCUCACAUUGAGGGAGAGGUUGUUGUCCUGGCACCACUCUGCCAGGUCUCUGACCUCCUCCCUAUAGGCUGUCUCAUCGUUGUCGGUGAUCAGGCCUACCACUGUUGUGUCGUCAGCAAACUUAAUGAUGGUGUUGGAGUCGUGCUUGGCCACGCAGUCGUGGAGGGGAGAGGACUGAGCACGCACCCCUGAGGGGCCCCCGUGUUGAGGAUCAGCAUGGCGGAUGUGUUGUUACCUACCCUUACCACCUGGGGGCGGCCCGUCAGGAAGUCCAGGAUCCAGUUGCAGAGGGAGGUGUUUAGUCCUAGGGUCCUUAGCUUAGUGAUGAGCUUAGAGGGCACUAUGGUGUUGAACGCUGAGCUGUAGUCAAUGAAUAACAUUCUCACAUAGGUGUUCCUCUUGUCCAGGUGGGAAAGGGCAGUGUGGAGUGCGAUUGAGAUUGCGUCAUCUGUGGAUCUGUUGGGGCGGUAUGCGAAUUGGAGUGGGUCUAGGGUUUCCGGGAUGAUGGUGAUCUGAACAAUUCCGUAUUGAGCGAGUCACUGGUGCUUCCUGCUUUAGUUUUUGCUUAUAAGCAGGAAUCAGGAGGAUAGAAUUAUGGUCAGAUUUGCCAAAUGGAGGGCGAGGGAGAGCUUUGUAUGCGUCUCUGUGUGUGGAGUAAAGGUGGUCUAGAAUUUAUUUUCCUCUGGUUGCACGUCACACGCUGGUAGAAAUUAUGUAAAACGGAUUUAAGUUUGCCUGCAUUAAAGUCCCCGGCGACUAGGAGCGCCGCUUCUGGAUGAGCAUUUUCUUGUUUGCUUAUGGCCUUAUACAGCUCGUUGAAUGCGGUCUUAGUGCCAGCAUUUGAUCUGGUGUGCAUCCCAAAUGGCACCCUAUUUCCUAUAUAGUGCACUACUUUUUACCAUUGCCCAGCCCUGUUUUUCAGUUGGUACAGUGUUAUAACUAGGGCGAUACAAGCGUUUUAACCACAGAUACGGGAUAUCUAAUGGAAAAACAUGGUAGGUGUUUUUCUAACCUUGUGGUAACCAUUUUUAACAUGUGGGUUUGUGCUCCAUACUGUAUAUGCUAUGCAGAUGUCGGCUAAAGCGGAUCUCAUUGAAUAGAGCCCUAAAUGUCAUUUAAAAAAUCAUACUGAUAAACACAACCUUUAAAAAAAUGAAGAUGUGUUGUUUGCAUAUGUCUUCACACCCCAGAGGAAAUACUUGGUGGAAGCAUCUUUGGCAGCCAUUAAAAAAAAUUAAAAUAAUGUAUGCUCUGGAUAAGAGCGUCUGCUAAAUGACUAAAAUGUAAAAUGCAUUACAGAUGAGAAUUAUUUUAAAUAAGAUUCUACCAACACAACUCUUAGGGCAACAUACUGUCUAUCCAUAGUUUUUUGUCAGAAUUGCUCAGUAGAUCUGAUCAGGAGAUAUUGAUGGACAGCAAUAUUCAAACCAUUCAGCAACAUUUACCACCUCUUGGAAAACCAUUCUGGUGUCUUUGGCAUACAUUUUCUUGUAAUUGUCCUGCUGAAAAAUGCAACUAUAUUCCAGGGUUAGGUUUACAGAAGACUACGGUGGGUUUUCAUUUAAGUUUUUACCUGGGCUUUGCUCCUUUUCAUAUUUAUCUUGCUCCUGAAACUCCCCAGUCCUGCCGGUGACAAGCAUACCCAUAACAUGAUGCUGAAACCACAAAACUUGAGUUGUGCAGUUGGUAGAAUCUUAUUCAAAAAGAUUCACAGCUGUAAUGGCUGCCAAAGGUUCUUCCACCAAGUAUUAUCUCUUGGAUUGAGAAGACAUACGCUAUUAAGACAUCUUCAUUUUUUAUUCAUUUGGAAAAAUAUCUAGUAGGUUGUGUAGAUCUGUAGGAAAUAAAUUAAUGUAAUAAUUUUUUGGGAUUGAAUUCUAAGCCAGCAAAAUGUGAAGACUGUGCACUGUAACAUGUCUGAACCUCAACCUCAAAGUCAUUUAGUACUUUUACAUUUACAUUUUAGUCAUUUAGCAGACGCUCUUAUCCAGAGCGACUUACAUAUAUAUUUUUUUUAUACUGGCCCCCCGUGGGAAUCAAACCCACAACCCUGGCGUUGCAAACGCCAUGCUCUAUCAACUGAGCUACAUCCCUGCCGGCCAUUCCCUCCCCUACCCUGGACGACGCUGGGCCAAUUGUGCGCCGCCCAUGAGUCUCCCGGUCGCGGCCGGCUGCGACAGAGCCUGGAUUCGAACCAGGAUCUCUAGUGGCACAGUUAGCACUGCGAUGCAGUGCCUUAGACCACUGCGCCACUCAGGAGCACAGUCAUAGUCAUAGUCUAGGGCUUUUCCCAUACCUGGGCGUCCCAUAUCUUUCUGCCAGUCCAGAUAGCUGACCACCCCGCUGGACGUGUUUUGGUUGGCCCACCAGUAAGGUAUCGCUGGCCACAGAGCCUGGUGUCGUGCUGCUGACUGGUCAUCAUACGACAGCAGCACCUGGUAACCCAUCGCCCACAGACCACGCAGGGUCACCACUGACCCCUGGAGGGAGAGACAUAAGGACAGGACCUCUGUUAUAG